AUGGACUCCGCCGGCCAAGAUAUCAACCUGAAUUCUCCUAACAAAGGUCUGCUCUCCGACUCCAUGACAGAUGUCCCUGUGGACACAGCGGUGGCUGCCCAGGCUCCUGCUGUUGAGGGUCUGACAGAGACCGAGGCCGAGGAGCUCAGGGCGGAGCUUGCAAAGGUGGAAGAGGAAAUUGUCACUCUGCGCCAGGUGCUGGCAGCCAAGGAGAGGCACUGUGGCGAGCUGAAGAGGAAGCUGGGCCUUUCCGCCUUGGAGGGCCUGAAGCAAAACCUGUCCAGGAGUUGGCAUGAUGUGCAGGUCUCCAAUGCCUACAUGAAAACUUCUGAGAAACUCGGAGAGUGGAAUGAGAAAGUGACCCAGUCAGACCUCUACAAGAAAACCCAGGAAACCCUGUCUCAGGCGGGACAGAAGACCUCAGCGGCCCUGUCCACAGUGGGCUCUGCCAUCAGCCGGAAGCUUGGGGACAUGAGGGCUCGGCCCUUCUCACACUCCUUUAGCAGCCACUCCAUCCGCCACUCCAUAAGUAUGCCGGCCAUGAGGAAUUCUGCUACCUUCAAGUCAUUUGAGGACCGAGUUGGGACCAUCAAGUCUAAAGUUGUCGGUGGCAGAGAGAAUGGUGGUGACAACCUUCCCUCUCCAACGGGGAGUGGUGACAGACCUUUGCCCGAUCACAUACCUUUCUAA